AUGGAUUUUCAGCAAUUGAAAAACUACAUCAGUCUCAGCAAAAUGAAUAGAACAUCAAAUGAAGUGUUCACGUCCAGUAUGGGUACCAAAAGUAUCAAAGCAAUUGAAGUUACCGUCACAAAAUUGACAAAUCUGACAGAGGUUCACCCAAAGAAUAAUGUACCUGCAUAUCAAUUUUUUGUAAGCUCCAUCAAUACAUACGAUGAAGACGAGUUGAUGCCGAAAGGAAACGAAAUUGAUUUGGAGGAAGUGUCUGACAGUAUACAGGAUGCACUGAAUACAGCGGCGAGUGCUUCACAGAAACUACAAGAACUGAACCAUGAAAUGGUGACAUAUGUGCACACGUUAACUGGUGGCAAAGCUGCAACAAAGAGCAAGAAGAAAUUAGAGAAGGCUUUAUCACAGGCCAAGGAAGACAUUCAGAGUUUAACAGAGAAAUUACUUGGUGCACAAACAGAAAUUGAAGAUAAAGAAGACCAGAUGACAAAACUGUAUAAACAAAUUGAUAUCAAGAAUCUGGAAAUCCAGAAACAGAAAGCACAAACAGAAGCAGCUAGGGAUAAGUUGAAACAGUUAGAUGAAUUACGUCUCGUGAUUCGUGCGAAGGAAGACGAGAUUGAAGGAUAUCGUAAGAAAUUAGCCGAUCUCCAGCUGAAUCUGCAACAAAUCGAACAGAGUCGGGAAGCCAGUCAAGCGAAGCUGCGUGCAGCGAACGAAGACAAUCAGAAUACAAUCGAGAAGCUGCAGUUCAAGUUGACGCAAGCGCUGGUAGCCAUUGAAGACAACAAAACAGUUUUACGUGAAAUAUCAGAAAUUCUGUCUUCCCUUAUCAACAAUGAAUUCGAUCCACGAGUGUCGUCGCUGGGAUCACGUGGAAUGACUAAUCAGACGCUGACAACACAGCAUUCACAGCCAACAAUGGCGGCCGAUACGCAGUCUGUACAUCGGGAAGAAAGCAACAUGUCCUCCAUGACAGAACUUGUAGUGAGGGAUUUACAAGAUGCACUCAGUAAACUUAAAGAUGAGAAGAAACGAGACAAAAAGGAAUACGAAGAACAGUUGAAUCAUAAUGCUGUUGUUAUGAUGGAGAUGCAGGAUAUGAUAACUGAACUGCAACGUGAAUUGAACGCAGCUGCCGCAACCUCUGGACGUUAUGGUUCAAACUUACCAAGCCGUGAGCAAGAUUCGGCCAUUAUGUUCACACGAUUGGACUGGGAACGUAACCAGCGUGCUCUUAAGAAAGGCGUGGCAUCUGAGAAAGUACAGAGUGAGGUUUACAACAAUGCAGUGGACGCAAUGGAGCAGUACGUUGAUUUGCCGUCACAGCGAUUGGUUCAUCUCGUAAAAAAAUAUACGCACCAUGUACAGAUGAAACAAAUAGAAGAGGGCGUACGUCAGAGUCAGAACUUAGAUGACGAUGUGUUUAAUUUAUUGGACAAAAUGGAGGCAUUACAAAACACAAGAGCACAGCGAUGGAACGACAGAAUGGAUGAAAUGGGAGAAGAAAGAUUACGACUAGCGCAUAUACUCAUGGAUACUCUCUCAAUGAUAGAGGAAGAAUCCGGAAUAUUUCUAAUCAAACCUAUUUAUUCAUGGAAAGGAAAGGGGUAUCUUUCCAAGUAUACAGGUAAGCUGAGUAACAAUUAUAGACCCCCGAAAAUGAUUAGUAGGACAAUGACCCCACUUCGUGAGGGCACACCUAUGAAUACGGUACCAGCACCAACGCCAGCGUCCAUCCAUGCUAGCAAGUCUACUCAGAGACCAUCCACUCGGCAACUAGGAGGAGGUGAUGGUCCGGGUGAGUAUGAUGAAGUAGAAGUUCCGAUGCAAGGAAUGGGGAUGAUGUCAGGACAGUCGUCAGAACCCAUGUGGGCUAUGACAUCAUCACAAGUAGAUCCAGCAACAUCCAAUAAAAUUGCAGCUAACAUGCUCACAACACCCAGACUACUUGAAUUGGAUGUAAACCGAAUGCUGAUUGGUCAAAACACCAUCAGUGCUAAUAUCAAACCGUCCUACAGUGAUGACAGACUAGUAAAUGCCUCCAAUACCAAUCUCCGCUCGUACAUGACAAUCGCUAGACCAUCAGCCAAUCCGUCUCCUAAUACCAAACCUAGAAGACCACACUCAACACCAGGUGGGGUAACAGAAGUACAGACACCGCCAUCCACACCGUACUUACAACCGAGCAGUGCGGGUCACGGGAGUCGGUUGAGGAGUAAAAGCAUGGAAGGCUUUGCUCAAUCACAGCCCUUGCCUCCGAUAAAAGUUCCAUCACAAGAGGGCGGUCUUCGACGGCCCCAUGCCAAGUCAAGUGCUAGCAGCGGACGGAGUAAGUCAGUCUCCAUUGCUCCUUCCCCUAUCGAAACCCCAAUUACACCGGUACAUCAAGCAUCACCACCGAACACUCCUCCUGGAUCUUCCGUAGAACCGACACCGUUGCCAACAGAUACACCAAUUGGUCACAUCACAAAGGUCGUUGCAAGGUCACCAUCGCAGUCAACUACUCACAGUUUUACAGCGGUGGAAGCCGAAUCAUAA